AUGGCGCAGAACCAGGCAGUCAAGACGGUCGCGGCGGGCGUCGCAAAGGUCGUCGACGCGCCGGUGCCGGCCCUCCCGGCCGACGACUACAUCCUGGUCAAGACGACGGCCGUGGCCAUCAACCCGACGGACUGGAAGCACGUCGACCUCGCCGACAAGGCCGGGUGCGUCGGCAUCUGGGUCGGCUGCGACUACGCGGGCGUCGUCGAGGAGGUCGGCAAGGGCGUGACCAAGGACUUCAAGAAGGGGGACCGCAUCUGCGGGCCCGUCAACGGAUCGUCGCUGACAAGCACGGAUAGGAACGCUCUGAGAGAGAUUGACGGCGCUUUUGCAAAGUACAUUGCCGUCAAGGGCGACUUGCAGAUCAAGACGCCGGACAACAUCUCCGACGAGGAGGCCGCGACGCUCGGCAUCGCCGUCACGACGGUCGGCCAAGGCCUCUACCAGACCCUCGGCCUCCCCCUCCCGACCUCGCCGACCACCGACCCCUCGGCCACGAUCCUCAUCUACGGCGGCAGCACCGCCAUGGGCAUCUCGGGCAUCCAGUACGCCAAGCUGUCCGGGUACAAGGUGCUCGCGACCUCGUCGCCGCACAACUUUGACUACCUCAAGUCCCUGGGCGCCAGCGAGGUGUUCGACUACAAGUCGCCGACGGUCGCCGAGGACAUCCGCCGGCACACCGGCGACGCGCUCACGCUGGCGUGGGACUGCCAGUCCACCGCCGAGUCCGCCGUCCUCGUCGCCAAGGCGCUGUCGAGCUCCAAGGGCGGCGUCAUCGGCACGCUGCUGCCGGUCGACCAGAAGGUCGUGCAGGAGGCCAACCCCAAGGUCGAGGUCAAGAUGAGCCUGUACUACACCGUCUUUGGCGAGGAGUUUGGGUACUUUGGCAAGAGAGACGCCGUCCCCGAAAACUACGAGUUCGGCAAGAUGUUCUGGGAGUUGAGCCGCGGCCUGCUGGCCGACGGCAAGCUCAAGCCCAUCCGCGUCGUCAAGAACCAGGGCGGCAGCGGCCUCGACGGCGUCGUCGUCGGCCUCAAGGAGUUGAAGGAGGGCAAGGUCAGCGCCGGGAAGCUCGUCUACACCAUCUGA